UCUAUUCUCCUCUCUUCAACCACAAUACAGAGAAAAACUUCAAGAUCAGAAAUGGCUUUCCACCUAAGAUCGAUAAGUUUGCCAUCAAGGCCUCAGGCCAACCAGACUGAAGUCGAGCAAGAGGUGCUGAGCCUAGAGGCGAGCAUAUCUUCCUCCACCACCACCAUCGGCACUAUGUGUGCCGGUCUGAGGAGGCUCGGAGACAUCUACAAUGCUGUUGAAGAGAUUAUUGGCCUGCCAAGCAACCAGGCUGGCAAGAUGUUGGAUUCAGAGAUGGAAGGCUCUCUUGAGCUGCUAGAUCUCUGCAGCACCAUGCAAGAGAUCUUCGUUGAGAUGAAGGCCAUCAUCCAAGAGCUACAGGUGGCUCUAAGAAAAGGAGAUGAUGCAACUGCUCAAGCCAAGAUCCAGUCUUAUGCUCGUUUGAUGAAGACGGCGAACAAACAUUUCAAGAAGAGCGCAAAGAAGGCUAAUGUUGUGUCUGAGGGUUGCAAGAUGGUCAUGUUAUUGACCAAGGCUAGAGAGAUUUCUGUGUCUCUGCUGGAGUCCACAGUCCAUCUCUUGUCAAAGGAAAUCGGAAUGCCAAAACAGUCUCUUGUCUCAAAGGCAUUUCACAAGAAGAAGACAGUUGUUUGCCAGGAGGAGCAAUUGCAGGAGUUAGAGUGUAGUAUUGGGGAUCUCGAGAAUGGGGUGGGACAUCUAUUCAGGAAAUUAGUCCAGAUCAGAGUUUCUCUCUUGAACAUUCUUAGCUCAUAGAUACUCCAAGUCACUCUACACCCUGUGAUUGGCAUCCGCCUUUUUGAGGAUUAGCCGGUCUUCAUACAAUUUUGCCAUAUGUAUACAGUACAAACGCACAGAAACUUAUAGAAAGAAAAAGUGAAGU